AUGUCGGAAACUCCCGCUUCGCUCGACGUCGUCCUCGGCGGCGCCACUGUCUUGCGACUGGACUCCCUGGACGGCGAUAAGCCGAAUCUGCGAGUGGAGAUAUCUCUGGAAACGACCGGGGACGCCUCCCGCGAUGCGUUCAUGAGCAAAUUCCAAGACUGGUUCGCGGGCAAAUCAGGCGGCGCGAGCGGCCAGGGAAACGCCACAGGCAUCUUCACACCAGUAUACCGCGGCAUGCUCGAGGAGACGGCGCCUUCGGGAACACAGCACGGCUCGGCUGAGGUCGCCAUAAAGUGUGCGCGCGGCGUAAACGCCGUCCAUAAACUGCGCUACGAGGCGGGGCUCUACCAGAAGGAGCUCGCCCCGCUCCAGGGCACUGUCGUGCCGCGCUACCACGGCUUCUUUGCAAGAGAGAUAGACGAUGUGCAGUUCGGCUGUCUCCUCCUGGAGUGGUGUGCGGGAGGAGCAGAUUGGCCGUUGGACCGCAAGGCUAUGCGUACCGCGCAGCUCCAUGAUGGUGAUGGCGGCAUAUCGUCUGCACAAAGCGGGGGUCGUUCACGGUAA